AUGGCACCAAAACAUCAUCUUGAAUCGGCUGGAACGGCCGACAGUAAUGAGAACCGGGCAACACUUUCAUACUCGGACGAAACAAGACUAAGCGAAGAGCAACAGACUGUCUUCAACCUCGUGGUAAAUCGGGGGGAAAGUGUCUUUUUUACGGGCGCUGCAGGUACUGGUAAGUCAGUACUUCUGAGGAAGAUCGUCCAAAGCUUGGUGGCAAAGUACCUCGGAGACAGGGAUUGCAUUGGUGUAACAGCUUCAACGGGCCUUGCAGCACAAAACAUUGGCGGUACAACCCUCCAUCGGUUUACAGGAAUUGGCCUUGGCGAAGCACCGACCAAAAAGCUCAUCAAGGACAUCGUGGAAAGCAAGAUCAAACUAAAGCGCUGGAUGGACGUUCGUGUUUUGAUUAUUGAUGAAAUUUCCAUGAUUGACUGCGUCCUCUUCGAUAAGCUGGAUGCAAUCGCGCGCGCGGUACGAGAAACAGACGAACCCUUUGGAGGUAUACAGCUCGUCCUUUCUGGCGAUUUCUUCCAGCUUCCGCCAGUAAGAAAGGGAGCAGAUGACGGCAGCCCAAAGUUCUGUUUCGAGUCCAAGUCAUGGAAUCGUGCCAUACGACAUACCAUCAACCUCACACAAAUUUACAGGCAGAGAGAUCCUGAAUUCACCACAAUGCUGAACCAGGUCCGAGAAGGCAGUCUCUCACCUGCCACGGUUGAGAAGUUCGGAAAAUUACACAGGCCUGUGCAACAUAAAGGUGUAGAAGCCACUGAGCUUUUCCCGCUACGUCGCGAAGCGGACAGGGCGAACUUAAGACGACUGCAAGACAUCGAUCGCGACGCCCACAAAUACAUUGCAGAAGAUGGUGGGACGAUUAAAAACCCAGAUAUCCGCAAAAUGCUCCUAAGCGACUGCAUAGCUCCCAAGUAUCUGACAUUGAAGGUUGGGGCACAAGUCAUGCUCACCCAAAACAUCGACCAGACCCUCGUGAACGGGUCACAGGGCUGCGUUAUUGACUUCUGCAACACUCUUUCGUUCUUGCACACUUCAUGGGAAGACGGUAAUACUCAUCAUAAUAGCGAUGAGGUGACGGACAAACUCUUACCCCUUUAUCCUGUGGUCCUUUUUACAAUGCGCGAUGGUAAACCGCGGAUUCACCAUUGCGAGCCUGUGGAAUGGGCUGUUGAACGAUGGUUACCUAAACCAUGGGAGACAGACGGCUGGGUCGUCAACAAACUGGCAACGCGCGUUCAAGUCCCUCUCAUCCUCGCAUGGGCGCUUAGCAUACAUAAAGCACAAGGUCAGACAUUGGACCGUGUCAAGGUAGACCUUGAACGUGUAUUCGAGACAGGCCAAGCUUAUGUCGCACUUUCACGAACGAGGAGCAUAGAAGGAUUGCAAGUGUUGAACUUUGAUCCAAGCAAGGUUGCCGUACAUCCCAAGGCCAAAGCUUUUUACGAAAGCUUAUCAAAGAAAACGGGAAAAUAA